AUGGUUUAUGUUUACUCCUCGAAGUUUCAAAGACGGUUAGAAUUUCAAGAGUCAAUAAUGGAUGCCCUUGGUUUUGAAGAUGAAACAACCAUAAGAAUCAGACAGGACUCAUGUGAUCUAGUUAUUGGUACUGAUUGUUUGGGAUUCGAAUGUAUAGACAUACCUUUAUGUCGUCCACGUGUUUGUCCUUUCGCUAUGUCUAAUCGACGCUUCCUAAACUCAGAUGGGGAAUCUUGUCCCAAAUGGAUUCCUGUGGCCUGCUCCUGCCUUCUGCAUUUAUCUGGACUAGAUGGUGUGUUUCUCACUCGCAGACCGUGGCAUAUGCGAUCUUAUCCAGGUGUCUGGGUACCUCCUGGAGGUCAUUGUGAAGCUAAUGAACCUAUUCAGGACACCGCAUUUCGUGAACUCACAGAAGAGUUAGGAUUGUAUUCUUAUGGAAAAGAAAAGAAUGUAAUGAAUGAAUGUACUAUUAAACCACUUUGUUCAUGGGAAGCUUCAUAUCCUUCUCGUUUAGAUACAGCAAUCGGAAAGUCUACUAUCUCUCCUAAAUCUCAUCAUAUGGUUAUAUAUUACUCUGUUAAUUGGUCUCGUUCUUCAACACCUGUUUUAGAUCCAGAUGAUGUUCACUCAUACUUACCACAAUUUAAUCUUGAAGUAAAUGAAGUAUGUGCAGCUGUUUGGCUCCCAAGACCUGUUCUUAAUAAAUUAAGUGAUGAUUGGAAAGCAUUUGAGAAACAUUUUCAAAAUCAAUCUACAAUCAAUAAUUCAGAAUAUGUUUAUCCCGAGUUAGCAACAAUGCCAUCCACUUUCCAGAUUGAUAAUGAUCAAACAGCAGUUUGGUACUGGGGAGUAAAUUCUCUUGAUUGGCAAUCAGUACCCGUGAAUCAACUUAUCUGUGGACCAACAUCAAGUCGCAACCCAACUAUUUCACCCAGCGCCAGCCCCAAAUCUGAAGUUGCUAAUGGGCCUAGUCCUGUAACACUGGGGACAUUGUAUGCUAUAAGUCAUUGGCUUUCAUUAACCAGUAUCUGA